CCAAAAUUACUGGUCUCGGUGGAAUCGCAGCGGCCUGCAGAUCUCUCUUCUCCGACUCAAUCAUUCGCCCUGCGCUGCACAAGGUGAGAGGAAGGAAGGGAAAACCAAUUGGAUCUCUCAAUUAAUCGGGGUGUGGGAGCAAGCCGCUUCAACGCAAUUACGCAACGCCGGAGGUAGUCAGGCAUGAUUCAUGCAAUACACUGACUGAAAAAAUAAUAUGGCUUCAAAAGCCAUUAAAAGGAAGCCUUACACUGCUGAUAUUGAUAGAAGCGAAAAACAGAUGGAGACGAUCAUACCAGAUUCUGUAAGAGAACCUCUUCUAGGAAACAGAACUCAUGAAAGCAAAUCCGAGAGACAUGAGCCUAAUAUGCAGCCAAAUUUAUGGGAUGGAAAAGGACAAGAGCGCCUUGGUUGGAUGCAUAUUAUAUCGACUUUUAUUGCUCAAUCUGUAAGAAAGAUAGGAAAUGCGCUCUCUCAGUUUGGACCAUUGCUAGCAAAGUUCUUUAGUAGGUCUUGUGCUUCCCAUGGUUCACAUGAUGAACAGGCAGUUCUACUUGAUCUCAGUCCACUACAGGAAGAGAGACUGAGGUUCUUGAGACAAAGAUUAAAUGUGCCAUUUGACAGUUCCUCUGUCAAGCAUCAGGAUGCUCUGAAAGAACUUUGGAGAUUAGCUUAUCCCAGCCGACAACUUCCUCCUCUGAAAUCAGAUCUAUGGAAGGAGAUGGGCUGGCAGAAUUCUGAUCCAGCAACUGAUUUUAGAGCAGGGGGGUUCAUGUCCUUGGAAAAUUUAAUAUAUUUUGCUAGAAAUUACCCAGAUUCCUUUCACAGUUUAUUACACAAGGCGGAUGGUAAGAGAUCUGAAUGGGAAUAUCCCUUUGCAGUAGCUGGCGUGAACAUAUCUUAUAUGUUAGUGCAAAUGUUGGAUCUGCAAUCAGGAAAAAUGGGCACAAAAGUCAGUUCUCAAUUUGUUCAACUACUUAGAGAAGACGAGAUGGCUUUUGAUAACCUUUUCUGUAUGGCCUUUCAGAUGCUUGACGCUCAGUGGCUCACAAGACAAGCUAGUUAUAUGGAAUUCAAUGAGGUUCUAAAGUCCAUGCGUAUUCAGUUAGAACAAGAACUUACUAUCGGAAGCAUUUCUUGUGUUCAGGAGAUGCCAUCAUUUAGGUUGCUAAAAAGGUAGCCAUGUUUGUUGUUUACAGAAAGGAGUGUAUCUUACUUGUCAGUAGGAUCUUGUGCAUACUACCGAUUCUUUCAUUGGUUGUACAACAUGACACACUGUAAGAUUAUUUAUCAUAGAAUAAUAAACCCAGUAUAUAUCUGGUACUUUGGUAAGUGUUCAA